AUAAAUACACUGUCAUACUUUUCCUUUUUAGGAGGUCUUCAGGAAAACAGGAUACAGUCCCAAAAUAAAAAUGCAACUAAAACUUAACCAUAUUUUAGUUUUAUUAAAACCAAAUGAAUUAAUAUUUAACAUUGAUCAUCAAUGGUUUUUCAUUCUUAAAUAUUUGUUGCCACAAAUAGGUUGUGCAUAACAGCAUGCAGUAUAAUAAACUGAAUGCAUAUGCUCCUUUUGCUGGUAUCACUUUUGAGCAGAAGCUCAGUGAGCGAAGAAAGUCUGUCUGGCACUGGGAGAUGUCAAUGUUAGUGUCUAUUAUUUGUGUGUGUGUGUGUGUGUGUGUGUGUGUGUGUGUGUGUGUGUGUGUGUGUGUGUGUGUGUGUGUGUGUGUGUGUGUGUUUCUGAUCUGUUUCUGUUUGCAGGUGUGAACCACUGGCCGGGCCUGGAGACAAUUAUUCUUGUCUGCACUCCCAAAGGACCCAUGAGGUAGGGCUUCCCUUCAACUCUCUCCCACUGUGGCCUGAGUGUGUGCAGCUGGGCAAGAGAACACAGCAGUGAUGGGCCAAAGAGGCCCAGAGCUCUGCAUUAAUCUAUCUCAAUCUAUUUGGCCUAUGUAUACACUACAGUUGUAUAAAUAUUGACAUAUUUAUUUAAUAAUUAUUUGCUGAGAUUUGAUUUGCUUUAAUUUGUUAUAAUGUGACAACUAUUCAUUUAAAAAGAUAUUUAUAUCUGACAAAUAUCAGGUACUUGCACUAGUUGAUCUUUCAGUAGCAUGUUUUAUGUUGAGAAAGUGUCAUUAAUUUUAUUUAGCUGGGGAAGAGAAGCUGGUCUCAUGUGUUGCAAUCGAAAAUUAACAACUCAAAUGGAUAUUAUAAAAAUAUAUUUCUGCACCACCUAUAACUUAUUUUAAUUACUUUGUAAGCACAUGUUCACAAUCUAUUUAUAGACUAAUGGCUAAUUAAAAUGAAUUUUUUAAAUAUAAAUUAUUAUAAAAACAUACAUAAUAAUACAUACAUAAUUUAUGCAAAACUCGUUUCAAAUCUAAAAAUAAAAGAUUAACAGAAACAAGUUGGUUGUUCUAUGCUUUUUUUUUUUUUUAACACAUUCUAAUUUUCAAUACUCCAAAAUCUAAGCAACAUACAUUUAACAUGGUUUAAUCAUUCUCUAUCGAUUGGCAAAUUGUGUUGCACUACACCUUUUCUUGUUCUCUCUGAGAAAGUGUUCUGAAUCUAAAUGAGCACCUCUACACUACCUCCUCUUUCUCUGUUUAUCAGAGUUCACUGGAGCAGAAAAUUGAAGGUAUGCCCUGCUUAAACCAUCCAAUAGUGAUAGAGUAAAACCUGGUCCAGUAAAGCACUAUUCUAUCCUGCAUGGUUGAUUAAAUACACUGAAUUUGGAUCAUUACAUCUGAUCAAAUUUGGUCCCUUUUUAGGCUUCUUGCCACAGAGACAGGAAUGGAUCCAUAUUAGCAAGUGUGUAAAUAAGGUGUAAUUGCAAAUCUCUGGCUAAAUACCGGGCCACAUGUCCAAACGGACAGACUGGCUGUUAUUCACUCAGCUGAGCUGUUUAUGUUAAUGUGGAGUUAAUGCUUUUUUAAACUGCAACACUUAUGGGCAAUUUAUUUAAUCCAAACAUGUGAAGAAGUGCAAUCCAUUUGAGAGCUUUUCUUUAUACCCACUAUUUUUCAUUAUGUGUGUAUGCCCAGUGUGUAUCAUCCUGUAAUACUGCUCAUAUGUUUACAGUGAUUUUUAAGUUUUCAUAGUAACCUCAAGUUUAAAUGAGUAACUUCAUUUCAACAAAAGGGAAAGCAGUGUUAUUUACAUCAACAUGAUAUUUAUAAACACCGCACAUAAAAUUCAGAAAUAAUAUACCAAGAGAUUGUAAAGGGAUUUCUCUCAAUGAAAAUGUACCAGUGUUAAUAUAAGCUUGUCCUUGUAGAUACAUGCUGUAGAAUUUAUCAUCUCAGUCACAUCUCAAUUUUAGUGUGCAUCUAGAAAAGAUCAUUUUUCCCCUUCACUUUUUAUUAAUGAAACAGAUUUUAGGCAAUGUGUCUAUAUAUAUUGUCCAGAGUGGUCUGUGGUUUUCAACCCAGUGUAUUAUGUCUGGCUCAAAAUAAGAGAUAUGCAUACUGAUCAAUUGCUUCUUAUAGUUUGGUUGCAGUCCUUCUUACAGAUGGUUUGAAAUAAUUAUUGAAAAUGACUUUCAUUUUAUUCUAACUUACUCGAUUUCCCAUACAAUAUGUGUAGCCUAUAGUAUCAAAAGGUACCAUGCCGAGGUGAAAUAUAUGAUGUUCUUCCACUAUUAGCCUCCUGUGGCUAAAUCUAAGAAAGGUACCUGUAGAGAGUACCACCUCAGCAAAAAGUCUCUCACUACCGAAAUUGCUUAGUUACUGUCUAUAUUAGUCAGGCACAUUUUAUCACAUGGACAUCUCACAGAUCAGCCUAACCAAGGGGAGGAAGUGACUCUGCUUCAUACUGAAGCAAUUAAAUCUCCCAGACAAUCUUGUGCCACCAAUAACAGAAACUAAUCAGAGACUUUGACUUAAAUUUACUCUGGCUCUCCAGUCGGAAGUCCCUUUACAGUCGGAUCGAGUUCUACUGAAAGGACGGAUGUCUGCGCUUGAUUUCAUGCCGGAGACGAGGCAAUAACUCAACUGUCUGUUGCUGAAACCGAGUUUUGUCAGGGAGGUAUUUCCUCAUCUGAGAGUGGAGAUAGUAUUUGACUCUAACCUAGAACACCAUUACCCCCCGACCAACACACACACACACACACACACACACACACAGGUCUAUAAAGUACUGAAUAGCAGGUGUUUAAAAUAUAACGUGGGGUUCUGCCUUUCUCUGAAUGCUGGUUUGAACUUCCAUCUCAUGGUUUUUGUGUAGCGCUUUAUUUUGAGCGUCUUUAGAAGAGUUGUGUCCUUGUAAACUCGAUCACGUGGGUUUCCCCCCAUAUAUAAUAAUUAAUGAGACUCUGUUAUGGUUUAUUUUCUACAGAAAUUAUUUGGAUAAUUAAACUGCUUUCAAAGUCAAAGUCAACCUUAGGCAUGAUUUUUUUUCCUGCAGUCUAAUAAUGGCCUAUGAUUGAUUCUCUGCUACUUGUACGAUUUUCUUUUCUAUUGCAAAGUCCUGCAUCUGGAUUGGAUAUUUGGUUAUUAUUGUUUAUUUGCCAUAAAACACACCAUUGAGUAAUAAUUAGAGUUGCAUUAAUAUUAUAUUAAUAUUAGAGUUGCAUCAAACUUUGCAGGACAGAAUAUGUAAAGAAGAAUGUACAGUUUAUUUUUUAAUAGAUUAUAAACUGUCAGCAUGCGUCUUUUUAUACCUGUAUUUAUAUGUACUUUAUAAUUCUCAUUCUAAUUAUAUAGUGCCAUUAAAUGUUUUUUUGGGUGUUUUUCCUUUGCCUUUUAACUUUUAUCUUUACAUUGUUGUAUGCUUACUUUUAGAUCGUUAUUUUUAAUUGCUUUUCGUUUUGUUUCAAAUAAUAUUAUAGUCACGACUGCAUAUUUUCCUCUUUUGUUUGUACAAAUGAUCUUUAGCCGACAUUUGUCACCUACAGUAAAAUAUGGUGCAUAUGCAGACUACACCUCAAUUUCAGUCUUAGAUCCCAUAACCGAGUGCAAUAAUCACAGUUAUCAGUCUGAGCCACGCUACACGCAAAAAUCUUCCCUCAGCUCUGAAUGAUGAUAAUUGUUGGUUGUAAUGCAGUUAUUAUUUUUUUUUGCCAUUGAUAAAAAAAUCUUUGCGCGAUAGUUUGUGAAUGUAAUUUCAAAUACAAAUUGCUUUAAAUUGGACAAUUUUCUGAGCCGAUUUUGGGGGGGAUAUCACACAAAAAAAAUUGCUGAAUGUGACCGUCAGUACAGAGGACUACUGUGCGUGGCGCGUGCGUCGCUCUGCGUUGUCUCGCUCUUGCGCCCGGUGGGAAUCUGAAAAGUAACGGAAUUUGUGCCGCGUUUAAUCGGGAAUUCCGCGUUGAGAUUUGGACGGAGUCAUGACCGAUGGUUCAACUGCAAGAGAAUGACAAUGAAAAGUAGAAAAGAAAUAAUGAAGCUGUGAUCCGCUUUAACCAGAGAAGCAGCGCACCGGUAUGACCGCCUUUCUUUUGUCACCUGUUUAUUUCCAGAUGCUCUAAAACCUUAAUUGAAGUGAAGCAAUCCUGGGUAGGAUCAUAUGUUCAUUGAUCAUACUAUCGAAUAUUUGUAUUUAUAGAUAGCUAUAUAAUCAUUUUUUCAUGUUACAAACUUGACACGUUUGUUUGCUGGCGUGUUUAAAUCUGCAGCUGGCCAGAUGUGUUUGUAUUAACCCUGUCGAGUGCGUCAUAUCAACCCCCCCCCAGUGAGUUCAGUCUAACUCGGACCUCCUGCAAAGUUUUCCAAAUGAUGCAUGUCCUUUGUGAGUUAACCAGGUCUUUAGGGUUAGACAUUACAAACUGACCUCUCAGCCUAUAGAAAAUAAAAUCACUUACACCAUGCUGAAGAAAACAAAAAUGGGGAUUUUAAAUGGAGUAAUCAGUUUUUUAGGUGUACAAUGUUUGUAGUCUGUUGUUAAUAAAUUAAAAUUUAAUGUGAAUUUUAUCAGUUAUUUUUUAUAUUGUUGCUUUAAAGAUUAGCAUUCAUACGACAAAGUUGUUUGUAUGUUUCCAAAAAAAUCUUUAUUAUUACUAUAGAGAAACACUUAUUUCAUCUAUUCGUAAUUUCUUAACAUGGAGCCAAUUGUCAGUUGCUUUUUGCACUUUUUCGAUCUGCCUGAUUUUCUCGAGGUCUUGGUGUUUUAAGGUCAUGACCCAAGCCACCACCAGCUAUAAAUAGUGCCUAGUUAUUUAACCUGUCACAUUUAAAUCAAACGGUGAAAGAUGUCUACUGAUGUGAAAAAUGAUGGCGGUAGUGGUGCAGGUCGCAGGGAAAACCUCAGCAUUCAUUCCUUCAUUUGAAAUCACUAAAAGAAAGAGUAUUCGGUGCUGUGAGUACGAGUUUCUUUGCUAAUUUAAAUGCUAUACUUCAACUCCAGACCGAAACUGAUCUAUUGAAUAUUCUAUCUUUUAAUAAUGACACCGAAAAACUGUAAUUAUUUGGGCGCGAUAUUUUCCCUUUUGUAGAAAUGUAGGAUUUAAGCCCAGGUGCUUUUACGGACGCUUAGGGGUUCGGAGUGAUUUGAAUCUGCAUGCCAGUGGAAGUGUUAAAUAUAUGUCUAAUUAUGCGUAUGAAAAUUAAACAACAGUGUUAUGCAAAUUCAACUGGUUUCAGCUGUGGCUUCAGCACUUGAGACUAGCAUUUAAUCAAAUGAAGCUAGUAAUACAUCUGUCCCUGAAACAAUAAGGGCACAGACAAAAGCGAAACACCAUUUUAUUAUUAAUCAUAUUUCUGCAGUGCUUUCAGAGUAAAAAGUGUAUUUUAAAACGUGUGUAUUCAUUGUUAGAUUGCGAUUUUAAGAAUAAUUUUAGUAAUUGUUUGUAAAAAAAAAAUCUACAAUAACAAUAAUAAUAAUAAUAAUAAUAAUAAUAAUAAUAAUAAUAAUAAUAAUAAUAGAGCCCAGAUUUUAAUGUAAACUGUUGUUGUUUUUUCUCUGUUUGGAUUAGGCUAAUUUGAUUAUUUAUUCUGUUGGUUUUGUUCUUAAAUUGAAAUCUUAUGUUUUUUUAUUAUUAUUAUUUAGCUGAUUACAAUCAUAUGAAGUUUACCAAUAACUAAAUUUACUCUCCAUCAAAAAAGAGGAAAUGCGAUCAUUAAACAUGUGAAUCAAAAUAUUACCAAAGCCUUAUUGUUUAAAUUCUUUAUCUCUUUGGAACGUAAGAAAAACGAAAGAUUAAAAAGCAACAACAACAAAAAAAAACAAUAACAUUAUAGUGACCCACCCCUAAAUAAUUUUUUUAGCCUUAAACAUUUGCCUCUUAGGUUUGUCUUAUUUCUUGUGUUAUCAUAUUCCUCGGACCUUACCCCGAGAUCUCCAAUCCCCGCCACUCUUGGAGCGGGCGGACCAAUCAGAGAGCACCUUGGAUAAAUAUUCAUGAUUCCCUGAUUCAAACGUUUGAGCGAGUUUGUGUAGAUCCGCCGCAUCACACCUAGACUUUUCACCGAGACAAACUACAUUUUCUUAUGAAUGGAAAGUGAAAAAAUCAGUUGAGCUUAAAUUGGGAUCCAUCCUUCACUGAGAUAGAAGAAAACAAAAAAAAGGCAGGAGAAGCGAGAUUCGCACUGAAGACAUGACAAUGACCACAAUACCAGAGAGUCUAAACAGCCCCGUCUCAGGAAAGAGCGUUUUCAUGGAAUUUGGGCCACCAAGUCAACAAAUGUCGCCUUCAUCUAUGUCUCACGGACAUUAUUCAAUGCACUGUUUACAUUCAGCCGGUCAUCCUCAGCACGACAGCUCGUACAGUCCUGCUCCGUCUUUUCCCAGAUCGCUGGCUUAUCCAUAUGUCAACUCAGUCGGUAGCCAUUCCUCAAGUCCAUAUCUCAGUAGCGUUCAGACUUACCAAAACAGCACGGCGUUAACGCAGACACGGUUAGAAGACGCAGCACCAGAGACGGAGAAAAGCACGGUGGUGGAAGGAGGAGAGGUUCGCUUCAACGGGAAGGGGAAAAAGAUUCGCAAACCUCGGACCAUAUACUCGAGUCUCCAGCUGCAAGCGCUCAACCGGAGAUUUCAGCAGACUCAGUAUCUGGCGCUGCCGGAGAGAGCAGAACUGGCCGCAUCUCUGGGGCUCACACAAACCCAGGUCAAGAUCUGGUUUCAGAACAAACGAUCCAAGUUUAAGAAGUUAAUGAAGCAAGGCGGAGGAACCAUAGACACGAGCGCAUUGGCCAGUGGCCGCGUACUGAGCGCCGGUUCGCCUUCCGUGGCGCCCGUAUGGAACUCAUCCGCCAGCGUUAAAACCUCCGUGGGCACACCGACCUCGUACAUCCCGAGCUACACCUCCUGGUAUCCCAGCACGCACCAGGACUCUAUGCAACAGCCGCAGCUCAUGUGAAGGCAGUGCUUAGCGGACCCCGCCCCUCUUCCUUUCGCGGAGGACCCGGAUGAGGGGAGCACGCGACCCUGCCGCCCGGCUCUCCGGCCCUCAGCCCAUACAGACUGCGAUCACACACUGCGAUCACACCGGAGCACACCGCAACAAGCACACCGACACACCGGCAACAACAGUCCGGAGGCCGAGACACUGAGAAGAAGCGUCUGCGGCGGAGGAACUAGUUUUCCUCCUUUUCUUUUCAAGAGCGGAUCCCAGACACUUGGGUCAAAUGAAGCUGCUCCUGAUAUUUCUUUUUUACCUUGACCUUUAUUACUAUGUGUAAAACAUUCUAUAAAACUGUAACAAGUGAAAAAAAAAUCAUAAUUUUUCAGACUGGUAUUUUAUCCUGGAAAAUGGAACAAACGCAUUUAUUUGGCAUGAUUUAUCUAAAAGCAACAAUCUGCCUUUUUUCAUCCGUCAGCUGUUAAUAAUCAGACAUACACAAAGCAUAUCUUACAUAGACUAUAUUUUCUACAGAGAAAGGGGGAAUGGGUUGUGCUGUACCAGGCAUCUGGGCAUUUGGAACAGUACAGAGUAAAAUCAUGCGAAGAUCCCGGUUUUCCUGAUUCCAAAGAGCAAAUCUUUAUAGUCUAACAUAAUUCCUUUUGACUGUGUGGAGCUUUUUUUUUGGUGUGUUUAUUUAAAAUAACUUAUUUAGAUUUUGUUUAUGUCUGUUUGUGUUUAUUUAAAAAUGAAUGUUCUUUAAAAGAUAUGGCUGCACUACAGUGAGCAACACUUCACUUUGAUUUAGAUUUUGAGAAUUUGUUGUGCGUCCUUUAAAAGCAUCCUCCUCGGAUACAACGCGACAGAAGUGUUUAGAAAUCAUGUACAGAAAAAAAAGCCAUUUUUUUUUCUUAGAUUGUGCUGUUUAUGAUGUGAAAAGAAUUUCGACCCGAGUAUGAUUAUUACACAUUCAUGUGUUUAGCGUUCUACAUGGCAAAAAAAUAGUUUUCUAUUGGUCAAAUUAAUUUAUUGGUUUUUUGUUUGUUUGUUUUAUGGAUUCGUGUACAAUGUGUAAACUCAGUAAAAUUCACACUUUAAAAGAGAUUUUA